AUGAUAGACCAGUUGGAUUCUAUUACUCACCCCUUCAUUGUGGACGUUGUUGAUGUUGUGGCUGAUGGUAACUGUGGAUAUAGAUGCAUUGCUGCAUUGUUAGGACUGGGAGAAGAUUCAUGGCCCGUUAUUAGAAAUGAUUUGUAUAAAGAACUCAAUAAUUGGCAUGAUGAAUACGGAAGACUAGUAGGAGGCAUUGAUGUAGUAGACAAACUGAAACAGUCUUUGUUAGUGGAACAGCCACAGUCGACGGCUAACAGGAACAAGUGGAUGACAUUACCAGACAUUGGUUAUGCAAUUGCUAACCGCUAUAAUGUUAAGCUACAAGAAGGUUGUCCUUUGUCCAUGGUGAAUAUCAUCUCCUCAACCCACUGUUAUCCUCAGGCACAAGCGUGGUCAUCUAUGUAUAGUAGUAGGAUGCAAGCAUUUGCACAGUUGAUGAACGUAACGAAAUCUUAUGUUAACUUAAGUGAUCCAUGA